ACCACCACACAGCACAUGUGGGCUGAGGGUCUCACUCAGUCCCUUCCUUCCCAACUUUUUACCCCUGGCAGCUGCUCAAAACUUCCCAAUCCAGGCCUCUCCUGCCCGCCCCUCUUGGGCCUUGGAGGAGGGGGUAAGGGAAGAAGGGAGGGCAGCCUGGCGGGCCCACCCCUUUUUGCCUUUCCAGGCUGGGAGGCUGGGCCAGUGGGCCUUUUAACCAGCCUGGGCGGGCUGUGCCGGACACCAGCCCUGGACGCAGUGCCUGGCUCCCGUGGUCCUGGCAGCCGCCAGCCCGGCCAGCCCAGCCAGCCAGCAUGCAACAGCAGCCCCCACCCGGGCCCCUGGCCCCUGCAGCCGAGCCCACCAAGCCCCCCUACAGCUACAUAGCCCUGAUCGCCAUGGCCAUCCAGAGCUCCCCGGGUCAGCGGGCCACGCUCAGCGGCAUCUAUCGCUACAUCAUGGGCCGCUUCGCCUUCUACCGCCACAACCGGCCCGGCUGGCAGAACAGCAUUCGCCACAACCUGUCACUCAACGAGUGCUUUGUCAAGGUGCCCCGUGACGACCGCAAGCCAGGCAAGGGCAGCUACUGGACCCUGGACCCCGACUGUCACGACAUGUUCGAGCACGGCAGCUUCCUGCGCCGACGCCGACGCUUCACCCGGCGAGCAGGUGCCGAGGGCACCACGGGCCCGGCCAAGGCACGCCGAGGACCCCUCAGAGCCACCAGCCAGGAGGACCCUGGAGUCCCCGAUACCACGACGGGCAGGCAGUGCCCGUUCCUGCCGGAGCUGCCAGAGCCCAAAAGCCUAACCUUUGGGGGACUGGUGGGGACCUUGCCAGCCAGCAUGUGCCCGGCCACCACCGAUGUCAGGCCCCGGCCAUCUGUGGAGCCCAAAGAGAUGCCCACACCCAAGCCUGCAGGCUCAGGGGAGCUCCCCAUGGGCACCUCGUCUUCCUCGUGCCCAGCCUUUGGCUUUCCUGCCAGCUUCUCGGAGGCUGAGGGUUUUAGCAAGGCCCCUGCGCCCAUCCUGACCCCCGAGGCGGGCCUUGGGAGCAGUUACCAAUGCAAGAGCCUUACUGAAACGCUCCCAGACAAGCUUGCUCUCAGCUCCAAGUCUUUGGACAUGUGA